AUGCAACAAGUACCUCAGACCCUACUUUGCUCCUACCAGACCGCAUCCACCAUCCCUCAUCCCGUCGCUUUCCUACCUUCUCGACCUGCAAAACUCAGUGGCUCAGCACGUCCAUCCUUGACCAGACCGAGUGGUUGGCCUUUGCUGUCGACCCAUACACCUGACGUCUCUGCCUUACCUCUGCCCAACUCCAUCCCUGGGCUGCAACUUCCUCCUGCUCCGAGUGGUACUUCUGGUCCCUCCAUCUCGCCUAUCGUGGAUAUCAAUCUCCUCCUCGAGCCUCGCGCUCGGGGCUCAGAGUCACCAGCGAGCAAGAAGAGCUCCGUCUCAAAUGCCUCUCACUCGACAGGUGCAACCAGGGGAUAUACGACUGCGCCCUCGGCAUACACGCAAUCCCCAGCGCAAAGAGCAUCGCCUGCCUACGCUGGCUCGCCGCCGUAUGCGGUACCUCAACCCUAUGGACAAAUGUCGGGCUACGCCCAGGCGCCCACAUCAGCUCCCCAAGGACCCGGAUCAAUGCUAGGAGGACCUGUCUUGCCCGCCAUCUCUGAACUCCAACGACGACCUGACCCAGCUACUCUACCACAGUUCCGUGCCCUCUACGCCGGCCCACAUGGACCAGCACCGAGCCACCACGCCCCACCUGGAACCAAUGGCUCUCCCCCAUCGACACUGAAACGACAAGCUUCCCAGACACCGCUCCCAGAUGAAUCUCCAGCCAAGAAACAGUCCAAAUGGACGCCAGAAGAGGACAAUCUGACGAUUGAACUGCGGGGUCAGGGAAUGAAGUGGGACGACAUUGCGAAACGCCUACCUGGAAGGAGCUCCAUCUCGUGCCGUCUGCGAUACCAAAAUUACCUCGAGAAGCGCGCCAUUUGGGACGAAGAGAAGAAGAACAAGCUUGCAAGACUCUACGCUCGAUUCAAGGACCAAAUGUGGCAGAAGGUUGCUACUGAGAUGGGUAUUCCCUGGAGAUCGGCCGAGUCGAUGCACUGGCAGCUGGGAGAGCAGGAGAUGAGCGCACGCGCCAAUGCGCCGGUGUUUCAGCUUCACCCAUCUGCAACGGGCACAGGCAUGAGCUCACCGUCGCAAGUGCCUGUAAUUCCUGCUGCUGCUCCGCAUGGCUUUACACCUGCAAAUGCUGCUCAAAUAAUGCCAAACCCGCCGCCGAUGCCACCGCAGCUCCAUCAGGUUCCUCCACCGAUGCCUCAGGGCCCGAUGCAUAGCUACCACCACCGCACAGACAGUGGUUCCAGUGCAGGACGGAGGAGAAACAGCUCAUUCAGUCGUAGACGCGCGGACCCCCGAUCACGAGCAAGCGUUCCUCCCCAGCUUGGCCAACCGCUCCCUCAGAUUCUCCCACAGUCGGAAGAUGACUUGGUGAGCGGGGCUCGGACAGCGCCUGUACCUGGCAUGCAGGGUGUCAAGAGAGAGCACGAGGGUCCGAGCUACUUGGAGGCGUACCAGCAAAGGCGGCGGGAUGAAGAGGCUGCAGGCCCGCCCCGGUCGGAACCGGAUUCUAGAUGCCAUGACAUGAGGAGCCCAGACCGCAUGUCACAACGCAGUGCGACGGGAAGCAUCAAGAGCAUGAAACGGGAGCCUGACGAAGCCGAGCGAACAGUGCCUUCGCCGCCCCAACAGGCCACGCCAUACGAGCGCUCGGCACCAACGGUCGUAUAGAGACAUUUCAAACGAAACGGUAUCAUCACGCAACGAUUUCCCUUUUUUGUAGAGGUUGGAUGGGUAGAUUUUGGGUGCAUACAUUCGGGCAGGAACCGUAAUGAGCGUGGGUAUACCCUGGGGCUUAGGCGCACAACAGGUGGUUAGGCGUAUGGCAACACCACAACGCUUAGAUUGGGGACCAGCUCAGGCACGCAUGGCAUACAACGGAGGUUUCCGUUUUGCGCGGUCAUGAUUGUGGCAUUUAGCGUGGGUUGGUUGUAUAUUUUGCUUUGAUAUCAUCUCUUUGGCAUUUGUCGCAUCGCAAAGCAUCAUAGCGUCUGUCUUUGUUCUUUCUAGACUUGCAUUUGUCCUUUUCCUGUUACUCUCAAGUCACACGCUUUCUGAUGUGGUCAUGAUUGUGCAUUUACCGUAGCGUUUCAUUACCUCUUUACCAUCUCAACAUUAGCAUAGCGUGGGCGGGAAUACCUAUCAUAGUACA